AUGGCGAUUCGGACUCGCCUAUGGCCGUCUACGCCAGCGAUACUACAUUCCAGAACACACGGAAAUGGAUUAUGUCCCUUCAACUCGCGCACCACCAACGGUCAACCUCUGAGAUUCGCAGAAGUCGUUUUGCCCGAUCACGCUGGCCGAUCUUCCAAUUCCCUCCGUCGCCAUAAUGACUCCUACUACUGGAAGGCUAGCUGUGAGCACGCUUCAGAGUUGGCUCCUUUAACAAAAAGAAAUCUAACAAAGCUGACUAAACGACUGGCAAACCGAGGAAUAUAUGAACCCUCGUCUUCAACUACACCUUGGGGUACUACGGGCGAAGAAUAUAGGAGCAAAACGAUUAGAAAAGAAUUUGGUGACCCCAGACCAUACAAGCGAACCCCAUCUCCGUGCCCACCUUCCAAUGCACCGAUCUCGCGCGGCCCAGAGAAGCUGUGUCCAUUUUCAACAACUUUGACUACGCAUGAACCGCAUCAGUGUACGCUGGGGAUCGCCUGCCUUCUAGAAGUCGAUGACUUGAAUUACCACAGAUAUAUGGCGACACAGAUUGCUGCCAAGGCGAGGGAGGCAAGGCUUUCACAUGUUGUAAUUGAAUCUGGCCAGGGCUACCACAGCUUAGAAAGUCUUAAAGCUACGUCCAAAAAUUCCGCGCGACUGUUGCUAGAAAAGUGUAAAUUGCACGAUCUUCCCAGGCUCGACCCUAUGGCGGUCUUGAAGAAAAUUCAGUCCCCUGAAUUCUGGGAGACCGAAAGGCGAUAUCUUGAAAAUCCCGGCUGUCUAGCAAAACGACAGACAAGGUCUGUCACAACAAUGCCAACUAGUGCCUUCCCCCUGCCGUCACCAGAGCCUAUAACUCCAGAGAUUUCACAAUAUAUGGAGCAAACCUGGCCACCUGCUUCAAUACCACCUGUCCACAUUGGAGAGAGAGAUGUCCAUCCUAAUAACACUCUGCAUAACCCAGCGACACAAAGAAGCCAAAUGAAUGAGAAGAAAGAUGCGAUGCUUCCGGAAGCUUCCAAUCAGAUAGGGGACCAGAUGAAUGCCCACGGGAAAAGAAAACUUGUAAAGGAAGCUAGAGUCACUGGCAACUUCUCAUCAAAGCACUGUAAGACAAAUACUGUCCAAUCCGCUUCCGCAGCAGGAAAUCCAAACACUUCGACAUCGCGUGAUGGAAGCCAGUCCGAUUCUUCACACUUACCAAACCCCACAACAACCCAACGGUCUACGCGGAGGAAUAUGCAGCAAACUUCAGGUCCCUCUAACCUAUCAAGAACAACCAAAGCGAAGAGAAUGUCGCAUGAUCAGCAGCAGCCUGCGAGCUCGUGCAAACCCCCAGUCAAUAAACCCCGAGCAGAAGGGGUUCCACGAUGCCUAGAUCCCAAAUCAUGCACACCAAUCCGUUGCGAAGUGCACGGUUGA